CCGAGUCAUCUGCCACAACAAAACAUUCCUCCGUCAGCCAAUUUACGACUGUAGCGUAAAGGCCCCUGCAUAUGCAGGCGCUAUACAUUUACUUUUAAAUUUUAGGCAUGGAGCCCAGUGUUACAAUUUAGAGCCUUCCCGAAAUAGAAAAAGUAGAACACGGUCAAGUCAGGGAACGGACAGGAGGGGGGGGGAAACACAAAAACAAAACAAAACAAAGAUGGCUGUGUAGCCAGAGAGACAAGUCCCAACAGAACUCUCUCUCCAGCUGUAGAGCUGUGCGUGGUCGUGGUCCAGUGGACAGACAGGCAAAUCGAGAGCCAGCCGGUACCGGAGCAGCGGGCAGGGACGCGGGGGAGAGCAGCCGAACAGGGCCGCUGGCAGGGCACGUCGUUACCUGCUGUCGUUGCGAAUAACGGACAGCUGAGUGAGGCCGAGUUGUUUUUGUUCUGCCUGGGCUCAGGAAAAAGGACUGCUAGCCUCGCUGUACAUAACAGGCAUUUUUCCAGGCAGCCAUCGCAAUGUCUUCGCUGGAAGAAAGAGACGUGGGCGUUGCGGUCGCUCCUAGCUCCUCCUCGGCCGGCCUGGGGGUCGGGGCCGUGGGGGCAGCGGUGGAGGCUGUCGCCGGGAUCGCGGCCAUGCAGGAGGAUGUCGGUAUACGGCGAGAGGGGCCCGAGCCUGACCAGGACGAGCCACCCAAAAAGAGGUUGAAAAUACCCGGAGGAGAGUCAGGGAAGCUGGAGGAGAGACUGUACUCAGUGCUGUGCUGCACCGUGUGCCUAGACUUGCCCAAGGCGUCUGUGUAUCAGUGUACCAAUGGACACCUGAUGUGUGCUGGCUGUUUUAUUCACCUCUUGGCCGAUUCUCGUCUCAAGGAGGAACAGGCCACGUGUCCCAACUGCAGGUGUGAGAUAAGCAAGAACCUGUGCUGUAGGAACCUGGCGGUGGAGAAGGCUGUCAGCGAGCUGCCGACAGAAUGUACCUUUUGCCUAAAGCAGUUUCCCCGCUCCAGCCUGGAGAGACACCAGAAGGAGGAGUGCCAAGACAGGGUGACGCAGUGCAAGUACAAGAGAAUCGGUUGCCCCUGGCAAGGCCCGUUUCACGAGCUGCCGGCGCACGAGAGCGAGUGCUCUCACCCGACCAAGACUGGUACAGAGUUGAUGGGAAUACUGGGGGAGAUGGACCAGAACCACCGCCGAGACAUGCAGCUGUACAACAGCAUCUUCAGCCUGCUGUGCUACGAGAAGAUCGGCUUUACAGAGGUGCAGUUCAGACCGUAUCGCACUGACGACUUCAUCACUCGCCUGUACUACGAAACUCCACGUUUCACUGUUCUCAACCAGACGUGGGUGCUGAAGGCCCGAGUCAACGACUCCGAGCGCAAUCCCAAUCUGUCCUGCAAGCGUACGCUCUCCUUCCAGCUCAUCCUCAAGAGCAAGGUGAACUCUGCCCUGGAGUGCUCCUUCCUGCUGCUGAAAGGGCCGUACGACGACGUGCGGAUCAAGCCGGUCAUCUACCACCACUCCUUCAGCAACGACACCAACGAGACCGAAUACGUCCCUCUGCCCAUCUCCGACUCGGUGGAGUGCAACAAACUGCUGGCCGCCAAAAACAUCAACCUGCGCCUGUUCAUUUUCCAAGUCCAAAAAUAAAGACCUCUAGAGGGGGAAGGCGAGGAGGAGGAGGAGUGAUGGAACGGAUGAAGGAGGAGUGCGUUGAUUGAAGGCCAGCGUCAAAGAGAAGACGUGAUGAUUAAAGAGAGACACCACUGAACCAUUGAUACCUCUUAACACACACACACACAUGCGCUAAUCACAACACGCAUAAUAAUGCUGUUUUUACAAGAUGGUGAGCUGGCUUUCUCCAGAAAGCUGCGAGUUGCUGUGAAGACGAGACUGGAGGGAUGAAACCUGGGGAAUUGGAGGAUAGAAGCGGCGGUGGUGGGUGUGUGGUACCUGUGGUACGUGACCGACGAUUCGCUUUGGACGCCCACAGAGGAAGGCGUGCACGUGCGUGCGUGCGUGUGUGUGCGCGCCUUGUUGAUUGUUUGCGAACAAAAAGAAAAGAAAAAAGAAACAACCAAGAUGAAGCGACGAUCCACAGCGUGCGUCCAGAUAUCUCUGCUGGCAUGUGGACGCGUCCCAAAGACGGGCGAUGAUGUGAAAAUAGAGUGACUGACUCUGCUCAGCUGUUAUUUGGAGGUGUGAAUGAGGGCGGAAGGGGGCAGAUGUGUGUUUUAUCUCCCCGCCUCCCUCUGCACACCAGGUUUUUUUUCUCCCUUUCAACACCUUCCCUGUCGUUUUUGCAUCCGCUAAGCGACUCCAGCGCUCCACCGCCACCACCCCUUCCUUCCACCCUUCAAGGGGAGAGACGGCCGCGCAGCAUUUUAGUUCCUUCUUAUUCCUCCUGCGGUUGGUUACACUAACAGCCUCUUCUGUUCUCUUAACCCUGAAUAUUUAAGAAUCUGUGAUUUUUUUUUUUUCCUUUUUCUUUUUGGUUGAAUGUUGAGUUUGUGAAUGGAUGAAUGAAUGUGUGUGUGUGUGUCAACAGAUCACAGCUGUGACAUUGUGCAGGACGGAACCAGUCAGGCUGGACCACAACCAAAACAUUCAGGGGCUUCACUGUGUCACUUGCUUUCUGGUAACUAAACAGGCUGUGUGUUUAUAUUUAUUUCAGCUGUUUUACAUGAAGCAUUUUCCUUUCUUUUUUUUUUUAAAUGCUUUCUUAGCAGUUACUUUUUUAAAAGCUGUUUUCCAUUUUGUUUUUAACACCUUUGAGGAAAUCAAAGCUAGUUGAAUCGCUCCUUAGAUAACAAAUUUUUAUCUAAUUAUGUUAAUCUUGCAUUUUUGUGAUGUGUGUUUUUUUUUCCUCCUAAAUUUAAUAUGGUUUUUACCACAAAGUAACUGAACCACAGAAGAAGAGUUUUGAUGAAGCAGUGUGUAUGGGUGCGGUGGGAUGGUUCCAGAGGCGUUUGACCUGACUACAGACACAUCUUGGUGUUAGACAGACUUGAACGAAGCGAGAUGAUGUUACUCAUGUAGAUUCUACUGUAAAAGCAGGCAGAUCUCUCUCCUCCCGACCUCUGCUUCCUGUAUUUCUGUGUUUUUGAUGCUUCGUCUCUAUGCCGGUGGACUCACUCAUCUCACUUUGGCUGUACAUGUGCCUUUUAUUAAAGAUGAUGGAACCUGCA